AUGCUACAGGCAUGCAGAUAUAUUCGGUCUCAGGAUCUGAUUGAGAGACCAUACAAGAAGUUUUGCGCAACAAUGUUGAGUCGCGUCAUUUUUCUGAUUUGUUGUAUUUUAAUGGGUGAUAUCGUGAUAGCGUCGAAACCAUUGUCGAUUUUAGUGGUAGAGACUGUUCCGUCGCCUAGCCACCACGUCUGGACAGAGCAUUUGGUUAAAGGACUACUUCGCAAAGGUCAUCAUGUACACGCAGUCAGCAUAUUAGAGACUAAGGUCAAGGGUAAACUCGCGCAAAAUUUAACAUACGCCGUUUUCGAUAGUCUAAUGGAUACUUAUGAUGAAUCUAAUAAUUAUGACCCAGUUGAGUGGCAGAAGUAUAGCGUAUUUUAUACGGCAUAUUUUGUAUAUCAGUGGGGUAUUCACGCAUGUGACACAUUGAUAAAAACUGAAACAGCGAGAGAUCUUUUGAAAGUGAUUAAAACAGUCGAGUUUGACGUAAUAGUGCAAGACAUUACUUUAACUCAAUGUUUCUACGGAUUAUGGGAGAUUGCUAAAGGCAAGCCACCCAUAGUAGGCUAUAUUCCUUUUGGUGCUACACCUUAUCUCAAGGAUUAUAUCGGUGGUCCAAGUUAUCCGACUGUUCGAUCUUACACACAUGCAGCCAUUGCAAAACCUGAAGAAUAUGUAGGCCAUGCAAUUAGACCAUUACAUAAAAUAGAAAGAGAAAGUAUAAAUAUUGUACUAAUUAAUAGUCAUUCUGCGCUCGAAUCUGCGAUACCACUGCCACCGAAUACCCUAGAGAUUGCAGGAUUAAAUGCUCAGGCCGUGCAACCAAUUGCCGGCGAGGUGAUCGUAACGUAUCCUGAGGAUGUGCGCAUAUUUCUUGACGGAGCAAAGAAUGGAGCUAUCGUAAUAUCGUUAGGAACGAAUGUGAAAUGGAAACAUCUCAAUUUAGACACGGUUAAAUCUGUUAUACUGGCUCUGUCGAAACUGAAGCAGCGAGUGCUGUGGAAGUUAGAUAUUGAAGUGCCAUUUGAGAUACCGGAAAAUGUAAUGGUUAUGAAAUGGAUGCCUCAAAGCGAAGUUUUAUGUACGUUUCACAGUUUCUAUGAAUGCACAAGAAACAUGAGACACAUAUUUCUACAUAACAUUUGUUUAAUUAGCUAUUGCUUUGCUUAUAUUCGUUUAUCAACGUAAACAAUUUUUUUAAAC